AAAUGCAAAGUCCAUUUACUCAGUGUGACCCGGUGACACUCCAUAAUGAUUUCUGCCUCUAAACAAUCCCAAUCUUUGCCAGAAAGUCUCGAAGUACAUUGCAUGCAAUUUUCUGCUUGAACAGCCAGAAGAAUAGGAGGCGGGAAUACACUGGGAAGUAGGCAGGAAAUAUUCGAUUUAGAGAAGAAGAGGUUGGCUGCAGCUCAGAAAUGUAUUUAUUUUGUGCCAAACCAAAAAGCACAGCACCAGAGAGUGAAUUACAUGGUACAUCAGGACAUCUACGCUCUCGGCUGACACUCAUCGUCGCCUCGCUGCUGUUUGCUUAAUUGGAUCGGCUUUGCCAGCGAUACAAGAGCCCGUUCUACGAUGACCUCGAACUUUCCACUCUCAAAAACUCUGAGACGAUCGUGGAGUUUACCUCCGACACGGAACAUCCGCAUUGUAGUGCUGGGCCAAAGUGCAGUGGGAAAAACAGCAAUGACGGUCAGAUUUAUCACUAAACGGUUUAUUGGAGAAUACGAUCCCACCCUCGAAACAAUUUACAGACACACCGGGGUUAUAGAUGGGGAAUUUGUCCAUUUUGAGAUCCUAGAUACUGCAGGUCAGGAAGAAGACUCACUUCAGCUCGAAGAGAAGAUUAAGUGGGGGGACAGUUUUGUUAUUGUGUACUCGGUGACAGACCGGUGCAGCUUUGAUGAAGUCAUGAGAUUAUGUUUUCUCAUCAACCACACCCACUCAGCCAAUAAAAAAGGAGCAACAGAGCACCCACCUAUCGUAAUAGUAGGCAACAAGAAAGAUCUGCAGUUUGAUCGUAUGGUGUCUACGGACGAUGGUGAAAAACUCUCCAAGGCAUUGAAGCACCCUUAUUUUGAAAUUUCCACCAGAGACAGCUAUGAAGAAACCACCAUGGUCUUCAAUACACUCUAUUGUGAGAUGCAGAGGCAAGGAUGUCUCUCCCCAGCAACCUUCAAGAAAAGAAAUGCAUCAAAGUUAAUGGAGAAGAUUCCAAAAAUUUACGCCAAUUCUACUUUAAUUGCAAAUGGUAGAAGUUUGAGUUUUAACUCAUUUCGAGAAUUUAUUCCAGAGUGAAAAAAAAAAAGAGAACAUGGGCCAGUUCUGUGUUCCUUUACCAGUAUGCCAGCCCUUAGUGAUGAAAGAUGUCCUCACUAGUGUGGUGUAUAGGUUAGAAGAGAAUUUGGUUACAAACUUUCAGUUGACCUUAAGUUUGCCACAGGUCGUACUAAAACCUUUUUGCUGAAUAAUUUGGCAAAAAGCUUUAGACCUUAGGAUGACUGAACACCAAAAAUGAACUGCUGAGAACGAGAUGGCCAAUGAAGACAGUUUUGGUUGGUUUAUAAGUCGAUGAACAUCCUUGCUCAAUAAACCAAGUUAUAGAAUGAUUUUGGAGCAUGAUGCCAAUCGUAUCUCCUCCCCGCACAUCUAAACCCACUGGAUACAAAACACAGCUUUUAUUAUUAAUUAUUAGGACUUGUUCACACAGCUGACAACGGUGACUGAAUCCUCGUACACA